CUACUGUUUCUGUGUUUCAAUAUUUUUUCAUUUCCAUAGCAACAAACAUAACAGAUCUGCCCGCCAAAAGGCGGCAAAACCCGGCCCACGAAAGAAGAAGAGCUACAGCUACUGAGAAGGAUCGCGUGGUCGUCACAAGAUGCCUGAGACUGUGGCCCCACUACUGAACGAGUACAAGAACUCUCUGUUACUCUCUCGACUCCUUCAAACAAUCUCUGGUGGAAUCCAAUUUAAAAGGGGACUCCCUUGUUCCUGUCACGUGAUCCAGUCGUUGCUAUGGUUACUACCCUUCCUCCUCUCCCUUCCGCUGACCGGUCUCUCCUUCGUACCAUGGAGUGGGCUUUAUUUAGGAAUGAUUUAUGGAGGGAUCCUGGGCCUCGUUUCAUUUACGAUUAGCAUGAUAAUUAAAAUUAAUGCAGUUUACGUCAAAAAACAAAAUGAAACAUUUGAAGAAGACGAAGACAUUCACUCAUUUUCAAGUGUCCUUUCCUAUGUCUUUGCUCUAAAAACUCCGCCCAAUCUAAUUCUCCAUUUGAUCAUAUCUGGAUUGACUGGUUUUACUAGUUUUGUUUUAUUGGAUGUUGGUCUGAUGCGUGAUAUAAUGCCCACUGGGGUUGCAGUACUUGUACAUGUAUUAGGAUGGGUGUGUGUCUGUACUGGACACUAUUCACUUCUUGUUAGUCCACCAGUUGAUUUCAAUGUGUACAGAAAUGUGGAGCAAGAUAGAGUAUUUCAGUUAAGAUUCAUCAGCAGGUCUUUCUAUGUCUUCUGCUUUGGGUUCACUCUUAUUUUAACAAAAUAUAUUUUCAAUGUCCCUUUGGUAUUCUUUUAUGUUCUUUAUGUGUGUUUCCUCUCCUUGCCUCUCCUUUGGGCUCUUGGAGUCUUGCCAUCUCCAGACUCUCUCCUCUUUUACCUUCUUGAACAAAGUCUAGUCAUACUAACGGGAGGAUCUGUAGCUCCUUCUGAGAUUAGAUUAUUGUGUCAGUUCCUUCUAACAUUAGUAUCAAUUGGCAUCAUUUUACUCCUCAAUGCAUUUUAUACCAACACAGCUGGCAUACUUGCUUCAGGAUUACUUGGAUUCUUACUCAGUUUGAACUUAUUGCAAUUCUUAGCAGACUCAGUAAGAGCUCUUUGCAGCUGUAGACAUCACCACAAAGACGCCUCCUGCAUCUCUUCGUCUCAUUACAGCUUCCACCUGCUUGUUAUUAUGAGAGAGAUACACUUAAAUGUGAAGAACUAUGUUGUAAAGUAUUCCAGUGAAAUACAAAGGACAUCACUUCUCAUGAUAGCUUUGUCUUUGAUCCUAUAUUACACUAUGGACACUGGACCUGAUACUGAUAUUGAUAUGUGGAACAAUUCUACAAGUACAAAUGAAAGGAGGUUGAUGUCAAACACUGAACUGUAUAGCAGCAUCGGAAUUAUUAUCUUAGCAGUUUUUGAGGAGGUACUGAAACUUUCCUCUUCUCUUUAUUGCUUCCAGUCCUUGGGUGGAGUAAGGAAUCCAUUGCAUCCAAGAGAAAGAGACUCAAGUAAAGUAAUGAAGGACAAGAGAAAGAGACUGUUCUUUUUUACAGGGGGCCCUAGACAAUACUUGCUCCUUUAUGUAUACCCAUUGUGCAUGGUGACCUAUAUUGGAUUUAACAUUGAAAGUAGUACCAGUUCCUCUUCAAUUGUGUUUGUUGUAGCAACUUUGAGAAUUUUACGAAAGAUUUGGCAGGAUACAGUUAGUGCACUGCAUGAGCUUUCUCUGACUGCCAUCCUCUCUCUUUCUUUAUUUUAUGUCUCUAAUAAUAAUUCCUGGAUUAUUCUUCCUAUUGGUGUCAGGGCAGUCAUUGUUGGUUAUGGUCUCCUAGUCUUUUCAAACUUUCGUUGCAAUCUUCAUUUUUAUCUUAUUCUUCUACUCGGACUGUUAUUUGAUUCAAAACUGAGAACACGAAAGCAUUCACUAACCCUCUUCCUCACUUUUCUUCUCCUACCAUUCAGUUUGCUGUUCAUGCUUCUCUCCUCUCUCUUCUCCUCCCCUCUCCUUCCUCUCUUCACCCUCCCUAUAUUACUUCCAGUCUCGCCUCGACCUUUGUUUUACUGGCCUCGCCUUUUUCGUCGGUCUUUUAGCUCAGAGUCUCUCGAUGGAGUAUUCUACAAGCAAGCAAAGACUGGAAUAGUUGAAACACUCAGUAUUACUAAUACUCUUACUAGAGGAGCAAGCAAUGGGCUUGGGGAGGUCUGGCUUAUAAGGUUUCAAGAUAGGACUGUACUGGCUCAGCUCCUGGAGAGAGGAUAUGGGUAUCAGAUCCUCUCACUCUUGGGGCUAGAGUUACAGGAGACGUCUUGUCAUGCUAUUGAAGUAGCAAGGCUUGAUGAAGCUAUCGACUUAGCUUAUACAUCAAACUGUCCCUCUCUCUCUUUUUAUUGUAAUCCUCAUCUCUUUAAUGUCUUUGCUCCAGUGGAUGCAUAUGUAGCUGAAGUUUAUUCGGAUGCACGGAAUUCUCUCUCUGGAAUUAUCGACCAGCCGGCUUAUUUAGCUAAAUUUUACGACAAUUUUUUUAAAACUCUCAUUUAUGUGACUCUCAAGUAUUGUCUAUCGGAUUCAAAGCAGUUCCCUGAUAUUAUAUUAAACACAAGAGAGACCGAGGCUCGUGUUAACAAAGGAGGGAGAGAGCCCAUUGUUUCAGGCAGUACUUAUGCAGGCAGCUCAGUUCAUGUAUCAAGUGUGCUAGUAGGUGAAGGAUCCCAACAUUCACUUGAUAUUGAGUCACUGAGACAAGCUUUCUUGGCACCGAAAGGAGCACCAACUGAUAGAACUGAUACUAUCAUUGGUUCACCCAAUUUAGUGAGAGGUGCGAAUGUUCGUGAGUCUUCUUUCAUGAGACCUGGAAGCAAUAGAGUGACGCCAUUACAUCAAGCUACUAAUACUUCUUCAUUCCCUCCUUCUCUCCCAUUAUCUAGUAGAGAAAUAGCUGUCAUCAUAGACACCAGGCUACCACAAUCCUGGCAUGAUUAUUUACUUGAUAGAUUCAGUUUGAGAAAGAAACUGACUCUUCCUCAACUAGCGAACAUAAAAUCAUUGACUUCAGCUCUAUUUAGCAUCAUCACCAGCUCUCUCUCCUCUACUACUAGUGUCCCUAGUCCCUAUCAGUUGUACAAAGGAUUCAAUGGAGCUUUUAGUAAUGCAGUUUUAACUUCAGAGUCUAACAUUCAAUGGUUGCAGUCAAACAGAUUACUCAGCAAUAUAUCCCUUAAAGCAUUUAGAUAUGCAGUUAAGCUACUUUAUGAUGAGGCUGCUAUUGGCGAACCAAGUGACAAUGAAGAAUUAUUUUCCGACUAUCUAUCAGGUUAUGAUACUGACUGGUACAUUGGGAAUGAAGAUGAGGGUGAGUGGGCAGAUGCUGUCCUUUCUCAGAAGCCUCACCUUUUUUCAAUGGACUAUGACCAGGAGACUAGUUCUUAUUCUGCUCACAUUCUGAGCUUACAAGACGAGUUGCUUCACAUUUUGCAACUAAAUCCAUCAGCCCUCAAAGGUGUAUGGUCGAAUUUAUCAUGGGAGCUCCAGUACUUGACAAACGAUGAUGAGGAACGUUACAGUAUACAAGCACACAAGAGACUGCUCCGUAAUCUACUGACACAGACAGCAGCUAUACCCUUAGGCUAUUACAUAUAUGAAUCAGACAUCAUCAAUUUAUCACAGCAAUAACAUUAAUAUUUAAUACAGUUAUAAAUUCAUUCAUGAAUAAAACAUAGGCUGCAAAAAAUCAA